GCUCGAAUUCCAGCGAGCCGAACAGGCACUCGUCUCGCCCGCGGCCGAUCUCCUGCAUCCGCCUAGCAUUUCUUCAAACCUUGCUCGACCCGUGGCCCGCCGUCUGGACUCGUCUCGCCCGCGGCCGAUCUCCUCCAUCCGCUCGCCGCGCCGCAACCCGGAAAGGAGACUGCGCUCGGUCGAGCACCACCUGGGGCCCAGCGUCCUCGCGACCAUCUCCGGCACGGCGUCCGCCCUCUGCAGCCCCGGUGUCCCUGCGACCGUCGCUGCUGUCCUACUUUGCCACUCGCCACUUUGGCCGGCGACGAGCACCACCAGGACACUAGGCUACAAAUCUCGGUUAAUCUUUUUUCUUCAAAGCACUUGACUAGGCAAUCAUUCAAGUGUUGAAGAAAAAUCGCAAAGGUAGUAUUAGUGAAUAGUGAUUUUGAAUGGCUUCGGCAAGAAAAGUAAGAAACACAAAUAAGCGUUAUGCCAAAAUCAAUGAAGAUUGGCAGGAUAAAGAUACAACAAGUGUACCUAAAAGUAAAGUGCGAAAGAAAAAGUUAUCAGACAUGCUUGGGUCUCAGUGGAGCAAAGAUGAGCUCGAGCGCUUCUAUGGUGCCUACAGAAAAUAUGGAAAAGAUUGGAGAAAGGUUGCUGGUGCUAUCCGUGAUAGAACAUCUGACAUGGUGAAGGCUCUUUACAAUAUGAAUAAGGCAUAUUUAUCUCUUCCGGAGGGAACAGCAACUGCUGCGGGAUUAAUUGCAAUGAUGACCGAUCACUACAAUAUUCUGGAUGGAAGUAACAGUGAUCGAGAAAGCAAUGAUUCACCAAAAGUUUCUAGGAGGCUACAGAAGCGUGGUCGUGCAAAACUUCAAUCUGUGUCUAAGACAUCUGAUACACAUUAUACUGAUCUGUUGCAACCUCAGCCUGCUUCAUCGAGCUAUGGAUGCCUUUCUUUGUUGAAGAAAAAACGUUCUGGAGACCUAUUUGUAGGCAACAGGCCACGUGCUGUUGGGAAGAGGACUCCAAGAGUACCUGUUGCAAGCAUGUACCAUCGAGAUGACAGGGGUGCAUCAAAUAGACAAGCUAAACCUGAUGCUAACAAUGGUGACGAUGAAGGAGCUCAUGUAGCUGCGCUUGCUCUGGCGGAGGUAUAUCAAAGAGGAGGCUCACCUCAGGUUUCCCAUACACCUCGGAGAUCUGGUGAUCAUAUGUUCCUGUCUCCUGCUAAAAGUAGUGACAAAAAAAUACCUGUAUGGCACUUGCAGAAUGCUGAUUCAGAGAUGGGAAGCUCAAAGCUGCAUGGAUUUCAGUUGGAUGCUGAUUACCCUGAAGGUAGCUUGGGAAGUAGGGAAGCCGAGACUGGCGAUUAUACCAAAGGUGCAUCCUAUUUGAUAGCUAACAAAGGAUCUCCAUCUAGCAAGCCUCAGAAGAAAGUCAAGAGGCCUCAAAAGAGGAGAAAAAAAGUUGUACGCAAAACGGGUGAUCAGUUUGAGGAUGAUAGAGAGGCUUGUAGUGGUACUGAAGAAGGGCGUAGCAUGAAAAAGGCAAAAGAGGAACCAGAGCUGGAGACAUUGGGAAGCAAAACUGCAUGGCCAUCUAGCACAUCAAAUAAAAGAAGCCGCCAACUCUUUUUUGAUGAUGAAAGAUCAGCUCUAGAUGCAUUACAUACUUUAGCUGAUCUAUCUGUGAAUAUCCUACAACCAUCUCCAGUUGUUGAAUCUGAAUCAUCAGCACAGAUUAAGGAUGAAAACAAAGACAAUGAUUCUGAUGGAAAGCCUGGUAUACCGGCAGCAGCUGUAUCGGUGUAUGAGCAGAAAGAUAAUUCCAAAAGUACAUCAAAGAAACUCAAAAGGCAGUCAGAAAUGGCAAGCACUGAUAUGGUUACUAGGAAAAAAGUCAAACUUGCUAAAGAUACUAAUCAUGAUGGGAGCACCACUUCUGAAGUAAAGCAGCAAGCUUGUACAUGUGGUGUGAAAACAGAAAAAAAGAAGAAAUCUUCCAUGGGAAAGAUUUUGAAAGAAGAAAAGAAUAUGCCAAAAGAUGUUGAGAAGACUGAGGUUUCUCCUGAAGAAGAGAAGGCGUCUUCUAACAAAACCAUGGAUAUCGCAGAGACAACUACACAAGUUGCAACAACACCGCAAGCUGACUUGAUCGCAAAGGGUAAAAGCCGUCGUAAAUUAGGCAUUCAGAAAUCACUAACUCAAGAAUGUAAACCUGCCGAGGGCGCUGGUGAUUCUGGAAGUGAUAAAUUAUCUUACUCACUAAGUAAUAUUAUUGAUCUCAAGGACAAACUCUCUCAUUGCUUAUCAUCACGUUUGCUCCGUAGAUGGUGCAUGUUUGAGUGGUUCUAUAGUGCAAUUGAUUACCCGUGGUUUGCAAAGAGUGAAUUUAUUGAGUAUUUAAACCAUGUCAAGCUAGGUCAUGUUCCAAGACUGACUCGUGUCGAGUGGGGUGUCAUACGAAGUUCUCUUGGAAAGCCCCGUCGAUUGUCGAAGCAGUUUUUGCAUGAGGAGAGAGAGAAGCUUGCUCAGUAUCGUGAUUCAGUAAGACAGCAUUAUACUGAACUUCGAUCUGGCGUUAGAGAAGGUCUACCAACAGAUCUUGCACGACCUCUAGCAGUUGGGCAGCGUGUUAUAGCCUGCCAUCCUAGAACAAGGGAACUUCAUGAUGGGAAUGUUCUGACUGUUGAUCAUAAUCAGUGCCGGGUUCAGUUUGAUCGACCUGAACUGGGUGUUGAGCUUGUGAAGGAUAUUGACUGCAUGCCCCUACAUCCUCUGGAAAAUUUUCCUGAAUCUCUCAGACAGCAAAGCAUCUUCAAUGGAUACUACAGCCACUUAUCAGAAGCAAAAUAUGAGGAUCAGAUGAAAGAAUUGGCUAGCGGAGGUGCAUCAAGAUCCACAUUGAAUUUGAAUGGUGCAGAUGCAGCCUUCCCUUCUGGUCAUCCGAUGAGUACCUUAAUGAAGCAAGCCAAGGCCAAAGCGACAGUUAACGAGGUUGCAGUUACAACACAACAGUCAAUGUACAGUCAACCAUGCACACUUUCGCAGAUACAGGAAAGAGAAGCUGAUAUAAGAGCUCUUGGUGAGCUAUCACGUGCUCUUGAUAAAAAGGAAGCUUUGCUGGUGGAGUUGAGGCACAUGAAUGAAGAAGUGUCUGGAAACCAGAGGGAUGGGGAAAUUAUUAGAGACUUGGAGCAUUUCAGGAAGCAAUACGCUAUGGUGCUUGUGCAGCUAAGAGAUUCGAAUGAUCAAGUGGCUGCAGCUUUGCUUUCGCUUCGCCAACGCAAUACAUAUCAUGGGAACCCAGGGUCUAAAUCCAUGGAAAAUGGCAUAGCCUUUGCUGGAGCAUCAGAUCCGUAUAACCUUUUCAGUUAUAUUAAUCCAGAGUCUGAUUCUCAAGUGAUUGAAGUUAUCGAGACUUCGAAGUGCAGGGCAAGAAUGAUGGUUGAUGUUGCUAUCCAGGCUAUGUGCAAAGUGAGUGAAGGAGAGAAUGCUUUUGCAAAAAUAGGGGAAGCACUAGAUCACUUGAAUAGCCGCGGUACUGGCUCUGGUUCAAGUAUACUUGGCAUAAGACGGAUACCUCCUGAUUCAGGACAGUCAAAUGCAUCUUAUCAUGAUAAUUGCACAACUGCCCCUGCAGCAAACAGCAGUUCAAAGGUGCCAAACGGCUGUGAUUCGGAAACUCAAUUUCCCAAAGAGUUGAUAUCAUCCUGCGUAGCUACGAUGCUUAUGAUAAAGAACUGCACGGAGAAGCAGUAUCACCCUGCUGAAGUCGCACACAUCCUCGAUUCAGCACUGUCAAGCGUACAACCGUGCAGCUCCCAGAACGUCCCGAUCUUCAGAGACAUCGAAAUGUGCAUGGGCAUCAUCAAGAACCAAAUGCUGGCGCGGGUAUCAUCCUAGAUUCCUAGGCUCGGCAUUCCUUAGUCUAUUAGCUAAUGUAUGUAUGUAUUUUGGAACUGGAUACCUGUAUGUGGUGUGCAAUAUUCCUAUUUUUUUCAUUUUUUUUGUUUUCUGUAUGUACAUUUCAUGUAUUAUUAUUUAUUAUUUCCUGUUAUUAAAUAUUCAACCGGGGGGUAUAAAUUAUGUGCUCUCUCUC